AUUCGCGUCCUUGUGCGAUGAUUCCGGUAUCGAUGAUUCCAAUGAUCGAGUUUGAAAGAGUUGAACCUUACGAGGGCUUCUUACUGGAGUCUUUCGAAGUGGAGAACAUGUCGUCGUUGAUGAACGUCAAGUCCGACGGUGGUGAGACAGUGCGAUCGGUCGUGAAGAGAAUAUUUAACAAGAGUGAUUACGAACUGAAGAUCGUCCUCGAGAACGACGGUACCGGUGUAGGAGGAGUAGUAGCAGCUGCAACAGCAGGAGGUGGUGGAGGAGGUGGAGCUGCUGGAGGUGGUGCGCGCACCGACGUAGACAACGACGGACUGAACAAUUGGUGGGCGAUGCUAGCAUUGGUUCUGGUCGUGGGCACGGCAGCAGGAAAUAUUUUGGUCUGCCUUGCCAUAGCCUGGGAGAAGAAACUUCAAAACGUUACAAAUUAUUUUCUGAUGAGUCUUGCCAUAACCGAUCUCAUGGUCGCCAUCUUGGUAAUGCCUCUGGGCAUUCUCACUCUCGUUCGAGGAUACUUUCCACUACCGCCGGUCUACUGUCUCGCUUGGAUUUGUCUGGACGUUCUAUUUUGUACGGCAAGCAUAAUGCAUCUCUGCACUAUAAGCGUCGACCGAUAUCUGAGCCUACGUUAUCCAAUGAAAUUUGGUCGGAAUAAAACGAGACGAAGAGUCACCCUGAAAAUAAUAUUUGUCUGGUUACUGAGCAUCGCCAUGAGCUUACCUCUCAGUUUAAUGUAUUCUAAGGAUCACAAUUCCGUAUUGGUCAACCGUACGUGCCAAAUACCAGAUCCUUUGUAUAAGCUGAUUGGUAGCAUAAUCUGCUUCUACAUACCGUUAGGUGUUAUGCUACUAACAUAUGCAUUGACGGUGAGACUGUUGGCAGAACAGAGACAGAAUAUCGGUGGAACUACCGGUUGGUCAUCAGGAUGGUUAGGUGGUCCACAAAGUACAACCACGGGAGGUCUUGAGAGGCGUGGCACGUGGAAGAGAUUUCUAUUGAAUAAAGGCUCAGCCGGAAGUGGUGGUACUCCUCAGCAUACCUCUGGUACCUCUACCGAUACGGAAUUAACAACCCUCGACACCCACGAAUUAUGGCUUCCUGAAAGUGAACCACCACCUUCGACGAUGUCUGCACUUCACGCUUUCGGUGCGGAAAUGUUAAAAUUGUCCAAAGGAUUGGAAGGUAUAGCAAGUCCGUUAACGCAAACUCCAAUUAGGACAGGCAGAUCAUCAACAUCUUCGGGUGCCCAUACUUCUGGUCUUCAACAACAUCAACACCAUCAACAUCAACUUCAUCAUCAUCAUCAUCAUCAACAACAGCAACAGCAACAACAACAACAACAACAACAGCAACAUCAUCAUCAUCAGCAGCAACAACAUCAUCGGCAACAUCGGUGCAGCUUUCGAAACGGCAGCGGCGAUAGCGGAGGAAGCAGUGCGUCGGGUUCAAGGACGAGUCUGUCGAUUGGUCAGGACGAUAUGAGUUCACCGAUAGCUCCGAAACAACGACGUAGAGCAUCGACGUAUAACGAGAGACAUCUCGAAAGAGCAGAUUCUAUAACACCGAAGAUGUCCCGCAAGAGAUCAUUCAGUUUUCACGAACAAAUGGCAUUCAGGCGAUCCUCUUCCUCGAGAAAGAGUUCGGCCAAUAUCGAGGAUAACGCAAAAUCAAGAAAAUCCUCAGAAAAAUCUGACAAUGAAAGCACGACGAUAAUAGCAUUGCCACCUCCCUGCACCUGUCCGUAUUUCGGUGAAUCCUCAAAGAAACAAAUACCCCAGCAACCUAGCGAGAUCGUCAUUGUUUCGAGUGAAACUAUGAAGCCUAUUACUGAGAGAACACUUGAAAUGAAUCUUCUUGGUAGAAAGAACAGCGGAAGAAGUAACGAACUCGUAGGAAUGAAUUCGAUCGUAACUUGGAGAGGAGGAAGACGUGGUUCUAGUUUAGGUAGUACGAGGACUCAAUUGGCGAGUACGAGAACGACACCAUUACGACGUGCGGCGACAUUGCGCGCGCACAAUGGCGCGGCAACCAGUACAUCUUCGAAUCAAAGUAGUAAUCCAUCGUCCUCAUGUUCCAUAAGACAUGGUGGUGGCAGUGGUGGUGGUGGUGGUGGUGGUGGUGCUAGUGGUGGUAGUGGUACCGGUAUUAGUGGUGUACGUGCACAUCAUUCGAGAACGAGUAGCGUUGUUUCAAGGAAUAGCUCGAGACACGGUAGGAUCAUAAGACUCGAGCAAAAAGCUACUAAAGUACUCGGUGUUGUUUUCUUCACCUUCGUCAUUCUUUGGGCGCCAUUUUUCGUUUUAAAUCUUGUCCCGGCUGUAUGUCCAGAUUGCGAAAAACAAAUCAAUCGUAAUAUCUUCGAUUUGGUUACGUGGCUCGGUUAUGCCAGUUCAAUGGUCAAUCCUAUAUUUUACACCAUUUUUAAUAAGGUAUUCAGACAAACCUUCAAACAGGUACUUCUCUGCAGAUACAGGAAUCAAGCCUGGAGACCGUCUAGGUAGGCACUCGGCCCCGGGAGACCGGGGUCUGCCGUUACCAGGCUUUAACGUCCAUUUAGUUUUCGAAAAGAUUGGGCUUUGAUAAAAAGGAAAAGUAUUAUACGAGAUAGAACUAGGAAAAACGUCGGUGGGAACUUUUAUUCUUUCUCUCUCUCUUUCUCUGUUUCUCUCUCUCUCUCUCUCUCUCUCUCUCUCUCUCUCUCUCUCUUUCUCUCUUUUCAUCUUUAUCUCUAUCUCUUUCUCUUUUUUUCUUUUUCUCACGUCCACACGACAAUGUCCAGACACAUCAGAUAGGAGAUUUGAUUAAUCGAAAGAUCUUCAAUGAGGAUCGAAAUAAUACUAAUAGUAAUAAUAAUAAUAAUAAUAAUAAUAAUAAUAAUAAUAAUAAUAAUAAUAAUAAAUAAAAGACAUUCUCUCUCUCUUUCUCUCUCGUUCUCUCUCUCUCUCUCUCUC